AUGGACCUGAGCUUGGGCACACUGGUAGAAGACACUCAAGAAGUGCAAGAAGACCAAGAAGACAACUUGUACCAGCAACGAGCUCUAGGUCAAGAUCUCCACCAACAAGGUGGCCGCGGCGGCGGCGGUGGCGAGCCAAGCCAUGGGGUGGAGCGGGAGCACAUGUUCGACAAGGUGCUGACCCCGAGCGACGUUGGCAAGCUCAACCGGCUGGUGGUGCCGAAGCAGCACGCGGAGCGGUUCUUCCCGGCUGCCGGUGCCGGGACGCUGCUGUGCUUCCAGGACCGCGGCGGCGCGCUGUGGCAGUUCCGGUACUCCUACUGGGGGAGCAGCCAGAGCUACGUCAUGACCAAGGGGUGGCGCCGCUUCGUCCGCGCCGCGCGACUUGCUGCUGGGGACACCGUCACCUUCUCCCGCGGCGCUGGCGGCGGCCGCUACUUCAUCGAGCAUCGCCACUGCCAGCGCCGCCGCCGCCGCGAUGUCGAUAUCAGCUUCGGCGACGCUGCCACCACCAUGCCGCCGUGGCCGAUAGUUGUCGGAGUGCAAGCCUUGAAUGGGGGUGCAACGAUGGCGGUGGAGACGGCGUCCCCCGCCAUCGCCGGUCAUGACACCGAGGUGGGACCCUCGGGGGCGAGGAGCUUCAGGCUCUUCGGGUUCAAUGUUGAGUGCAGCGGCGACGAUGCACCGGCACCGGCUUCCACCGAAGUGGAGUAUGUCGACGGCGACGGCGACAGCUAG